CGGGGCCGCGGGGUGUGAGAGGCGCCCGGAGCCAGACCGGCUCGCUGUCCCGGCCCAGAGAGCCGCUGUUGGAGCCGUCCCGGGCCGCCGCUGCCGCGCAGUCGGGCCGCUGGGCGCCGCCACGGGCACCCGGAGCGAGCGGGGAAGGGAGCCACGCGCCUUUGUGCGCUUCGAGUGAACCCAAUGCAUGGGGUGAAGGCUACACCCAAGAAGUCCUAAAAUACGGCCCACUCGAGACUGACCCUCCAGACUCCUGUCUCAGCCCGAGAAGCAUCAUGGCCGAGCCAGACUACACGGACGACGACAACCCUGAGCUGAUCCGGCCUCAGAAGCUGGUCAAUCCUGUCAAGUCAUCCCGGAACCACCAGGACCUGCACAGAGAGCUGCUUCUCAACCAGAAGAGGGGUCUUGCCCCUCAGAAUAAACCAGAAUUGCAGAAGGUGAUGGAAAAGAGAAAACGAGACCAAGUAAUAAAGCAGAAGGAAGAGGAAGCACAGAAGAAAAAGUCCGACUUGGAAAUAGAACUACUAAAACGACAGCAGAAAUUGGAACAGCUUGAACUUGAGAAGCAGAAGUUGCAAGAAGAGCAAGAAAAUGCCCCAGAGUUUGUGAAAGUGAAAGGCAAUCUCAGAAGAACAGGCCAGGAAGUGGCCCAAGCCCAGGAGUCCUAGGCUGAGGCUGGGUAAGACCCGGCACAUUCUCACCCAUCACCGCACAAAACUGUGUCUGUAGGUGCCUCCUCAGCGCUGCUCUCAGGGCAGAGCCCCUGGAGACAGUUCCAGCCAGCAGAAAAUUUGGGGUUCAGGUUUAGUUUUCCUACAAUCUGAGUGGAUAACUUAUCUAUGACAGUUGCAUUUCCAAUUCGCCAAAUGAAGAACUUUGACCAGCACAUGAGUUGGAAUAAUGGACCUGUGUUCAGAGACUGUAAAACAACAAGACAAGCAAAAACAGAAGAGAACACUGGAACAAAUUCUCGAGAGUUGCACUACUUGGUUUUCUUCCAAUCCAAGUUUGGUGGGGCAUGGAGCCUUUUUUCUUUUUAGAGCUAAAGUAAAUAUGUUCAAUUCUCCUUUUGGGAUUCUAUUAAAUAAUUUAGAUUGCUUUGAAAUGCAUUUAAUGUGUUAUUUUCAGUAUUUACAGAUCUAAAAAUUUUAUUCGGAAAAUCCCAAAUUAUCUUGCUUAAUUUGCUUUUGCCUAUGUUAGAAUUAAUACCAGAGAAUUUACUGUUCCUGUUGGGCAUGGCAGUUAUGUUUAUUGGCACUAAAAUUCAGAAACUGGGGGAGAAGGUUGAAAGGCAUGUAAGCAUCUACCUUGAUCUUGUUUUGAUUCCUUUUGGUUGUCUGUGUAAUAUGUGCUACAUUGCAGUUCCAAGAAGACACAUCAUAGAAAUUCAUAUAUUGCUUUGAUAACAAUAGCAAUAGGGUUCAGUUUUGUUUUUAAAUUUCUUGCUGAGCUAAUCCAUUUGCUGCAACCAUCUCUUAAUCCUUUAGAGAAUGGAACUAGUCCAUUUAACCCAGGUUUGCUGUCAAAAAGUACAAAAUGCAAAAUCUUUUCAUUUCUUCUGAAAGCAGUGUGGGAAAAUAAGAGCUGGGUGAUAAGGACUUGUUUAGAUACUUUAGUGUGCAACAGGUGUAGGUUGGACUCAAAGAGCCUUCCUUGGAAGAUACGCAGCAUUUGUAUAUUUUGAGUGACUUUAGAAUCCAAACUUUGAAGUUUUUGGUUAAUGAUCGUUUAUUUCUUAGUCUUUUUUCCUCUUGUGAAAAAGACUAUUUUCCCACUAUCUCAACGAAGAUGCUGUCGAUAAUGACAGCACUGAUGACUACUAUAUCGCAUCUCUCAGGAAAAACCGAGGUGAAGGGAGAGGCUGUUCCGUUUCACCAUUCUAGCUAGCAUGCUAGUCAAAAAGAAGUCCAAGUUACAAGUAACAGCAGAGUUCUCCUGCAGUUAACUGUGUACUGCUGCUAUAGGAGGAAUUCUGGGGACGUAGCUGUGUUCUGCAAGGAGACAGUUCUGCCAGUAAUUUCCACAUUGAAGAGUCUUCUUGUACUUCCUGUAAAGACUCAUAGGAAGCUGGAUGCAGAGCUUUUAAAUCCUUAUUUAGCAUAGUAGAAAUUAGCUUUCUGUGGGAAUGGUUUAGUUUUAGUAGCUGCCGAUUAGGCCCAUAUUCAAUCCUAACGUGAACAAGAUAAAAGUAAAUGAGUGAUGGUACACUGCUAGUUAGAGAACUUGUUAGUUGAUUACACCUGAAAAUAGAUUAUUUGUCUCAUCAAGAAGUAUUAUUUGAGUAAAAUAUGAGAUGCUUAAGAUGUUACUCUAUAGUAGUUUGUUUUUGAAGAAUGGAGUAUUAGCUAUUUUUUUCUACCAUUCUUCCUUUUGAGAGAAGAAAGUACAAGAUCAUCUUGAAAGUACAUUUCUGAUUGCACAUUGACCAGAGUUCUUUGUCUAUAUGGAUUGAUGACAUGGUUUGUAAAAUGAAGAUUUGGGACUGCCCCAUAUCAUUUUACCUAACUGAACGUUAAAUCUUUACAUCUGAAUCGUUGAAACAAUUCUACCACUUCAUAAAAUUGUCAAGGGACUGGACAGGCUCCUUUACCAAUUCUGUUACUAGAACUUGGCAGGAAUGCAUUCUUCACUGGGAGAAAGUUCAUUUGAAAAGCGUUUCUCUCCUGCUCUCACUGAAGCCUGCAGAACGAUCUGCAGGGCAUAGUCGAAGGUCUGGCCAAAAGAACACUUGUAAAUAGCAUCAGGUGGUGACUUAGGCUGAACAGCAGAGUGUACAGGUAGAGAAGAAGCUUUGAAGUUGCCGAUUAGCUGGGCUCAAAGCCCAGGUUUAAGAGGUGAUCAGUCUCCCUUCACACCUAACACUGUGCAGCCCAGACACCAGGACCCUGGCUCAUCUCGGUGAGCAGUUUUGUGCUUUGAGCCACCUUUUGACAGAAAACAAAUGGCUCCAUUUUCCACUCUUUAAAUAGUUCAGUGCUUUUAUAGUCUCAAAGUAGUAAAGUAGUGUUGCUUUCUAAGCUAUAACAGUUGACUUUAUUCUUCUACUCUGAAAAAUCCUGACUUGUUUGAGUGUAUAUAAUAUAUAUAAAGGGAGCCUUAAUGGAUUUGUUUUCAUAAUUUAAUAUUUUUUGUAUUUGCUCUUGUAUAAUUGUUUUUAAUGGAAAGUAUAACAGAAUUGAAGGUGGAAUUCUUAGAACCAAAGUUAUUCUUAAUAAAAAUCACCACAUGCUUGGA